AUGCCAAGACUGCGAUUAAAGCUGUUAGGAGUGUAAUGGAACUUCGGUUAACCAAUGCACAAAAUAAAAAAUGGAGUUUGCUCUAGUUGCCCUAUAGGAUGCAAUGAAUGCGAUGGGACUUCGUGUAUUGAAUGCUAAGAAGGUUAUUCUAACAUUUCUCAGCUAGAUACUACAACUGCUACUAAGUAGCUCAUAUUUUCUAAUAUUUGCUUAUUAAAGAAUACAACUGAGUGUCCCAAAGGCAGCUACUAUAAUUCUGAAUUCAAAUAAUGCUUAGUAUGCUCCAAAGGAUGUGCCUAAUGCUCAUCCCAAGAUAACUGUACCUUGGCUUGUAAUUAAACACUCUGUACUGACUGUCUUGGAGACAGCAAUAGCUGUUUAGAAUGCAAAUCAGGUGCUUUUUAAUUCUAUAAUGAUAUGAAAUGCCUAGAGAAGUGCGAAAAUUAACCAGGGUAUUACUUCAAUUAAACAACAGAACAUUGUUAAAAAUGCUCAAAAGGAUGCACUAGUUGCUAAAACGAUACAUCAUGUGAUUCUUGUGAUGCAGGAAUGCUUAAGCUUCAAUCCCUACUAACUCAAUAAGAAUAUUGCGUUUCAGACUGCUUUGCUACAGGAUUACUAGAAAAAUAGUCACUUUUUAAUAACAUAACAAGUAAAAAAUGCGAUAGUUGUGGCAAGGGUUGCUUAAAAUGCCAAGAUAAAAGAAACUGCACUGUAUGUCCACCAUAGAGCUCUCUUAUAAAUGGAACUUGCAGGUGUGAAUUCACUUAUUAGGUUACCCCUUCUGUCUAACUAAAGAAACUUCAUGUAGUUACUAAUGACAUAAGCUGGGGAUCCUUAUUCCUAAAUAAAACUGUUCCCUGUGACAUCCUCUUUUAAGAGUAUGAAAUCAGUAACUCAUUAUGUAGUGGAUCAUUACCCUAUAUUCUGAAUUUGAAUAAUGAGUUUGCAAAUUAAUUUAACUAUUACUUCUAUCCAAUAACUCGUUUUGGAUUAUUAAGCACAUCAAAAUGCAUGACAUUGAAUACUAAAAAAAUUGUCUAUCAGCCACAGAUCUAAGAUUUCAUUGAGAUGGAUUAAACUCACAUUCAUGUUAUGGAUGUGGAUGAUUCUUAAAUGCUAAGAUUACUAGAUGGAAGGAACGUUUUAAAGCUAAAUACAGAUAGUUUUAUUAGAAAAUCUUGUAUAGACUAAAAUGAAGAUUACUUUAUACAAAUUGUCAAGCCAAAGAUAGAUAACUAAACGUAAUCAAAAUCAUCAAUAAUCUUAGAUUCUCCUCUAUCAAAUUAUUCAAAUUCAACAAAUAGCAGCUAUAAUUAAUAGGAUUUCUACUAAUAAACCAAAGAUAUAAAUAGUUCAGAUUAAAUGGCUUUCUAUUUGGAUAAAUACUCCCUAGUAGUGAAUAAAUGCUCACCCGUAGAGGAAAAUAAGAUCAGCAUCCUUUACUCUUAAGGAUAUGAAAAUGGCUACUCUAGUUUUAUGCUUAAUAUGACUCCUAUGGAGGAUAGUAAUCUUAUAAAAAAUGGUAAAAACAUUUCAGAUUAUCCAUAACUCUAAAAUUCAGCAUAAAACGUAAUUUAAAAGUUCUAUUCCAAUUCCAUUAAUUUUAUGGUUUCUAAGGUUAUAGACUUUAAUGGACUUCUAGAUUUAGUUGAUGAUUCAAUACCUUAGCUUAAUUUAAUGCUGAAUCUGACUUUAUUUGAUAAUCAGAUGACUGGCUCGUCUAGAGUGAUAAUAAUUUCUCUUUAAAAUUUCAAUCAGAUUGCUGUUGCUUUUGACAAAAAGACAUAAAUGGUUGUACCAAACUAUAAGUAUCAGCUUCAGCCAAUUCUCAAUAGAUAUUCCUGCUAAGGUAUAUCGCAAGUAAAACUCUAAACUAAGUCACUUGCAAGAAAAUAUGGAUUUUAGAUGAAUUGCUCUAUUUUAGGUGAUAAUUAUGAUAUGAGCUAGACAAUCUCAAACUGUCUAAUACCAGCUAAUACACUAAUAGAAAAUUAGAGAUAUGACUUGAGAUUGCAACUUACAAAUGAGCUUUUGAAUAUAACACUAGCUGAAACUGUUGCACUUACAACUGAAACAGUUGUACCUUUUUGCAAAUUUAAAUAAGGCUCUUAAACUCUCAUGAAUCCUUUGAAUUAAAAUAAACUUUCAGCUUUUAUGCAGAGCUCGAUUUCCUCCAUAAAUUAUUAGUACAAAUGGAGCUGCAUGAAGAAAGAUCAAGCUACUGGAGAAUAUUUCUCUUGCUUAAAUUUUAAUGCAACUGCAUCCUAGACAACUGAUUACCUUAUAGCAGAAAAUAUUUUCGAAUAUUCUUCAUCCUACAUUGUUAUGCUGCAUAUACAUUAGACUGGAUCUCUCAAUAAGCUUUCAGAUUGCUCUAUUUAAAUAGAUACAGUUAAUGAUUAGUCUCAACUUAUAAUACCAAUUAGCAUUAACUCAGAAGUAGAUACAAUUGGCAAGCUUCCAAUAAAUAAACAGCAAUUCAAAUUUGUCUGCGAGGCUGAAAAACAUAUGUUUAGUGAUAAAUAAUUAGCUUACAGAUGGAUUUUGAUUGCAAUUAAAAACAUCAAUGAAAUAAUUGACUUGAGUAACAAAACUAAUGUUAUGAUAUAAGGCAAAUACAUAAGAAUAUAAAAAGAUACUCUCAUUGAGAAUACAAAUUAUAUGAUUCAGUGUCAAGUAAUGACCAAUAAAACAUAUCCAUUAAGUGGUGCAGUUGGAUUGAGCAGUUUAUUAUUCAAUACUUAGAGUUAAAGAGAAGAUGAUAAUGAUAAAAUUACUCUAACCGUAGAUAAAACAAAAGGCGAUUCUUAUGUCUCAGUAUUUAAUGCUACAUUGACAACAACUUAAGAAAUGAAUCUUUACUGCUUAAUUGGAUAUAAUGGCCAAAGUAAUAAAGAGCGAGUAAUAAUUUACGAAAGUCAAAAUUAUGAGUCCAACAUUAGCUUAAGUGUCUAAUUUACUAUUGGCGAAGGUGUCUAUUCACUCUUUGCGACUUGCACUGAUUCUUCAGAUAUAAAUUACAACUAAUAAAUAUAGCUUAAUUCCACGCUUUAAACAACAAUGACAACCGAAUUGUUAAACUUAAUGAACUAGAAAUUAAUGAUUGAAAUCAAUAGCAUUAAUAAAGAAGAAUUAAUGCAAGCACUCUAAAUUUCAAAUCAAUUCAGAGAUAAGCUGAAUUCUACCUUUAGAAAAUAAAUCAUAGCAUCCUCUAUAAAUAUGAUGAUGGACUAAUUAGAUUCAGAUAUAACUGAUCAGGACACAAGUAACCUUUCCACAGAUGAUAUGUUGAAUAUUGUCGCGACUGUAUUAGAUUAAGUGAUUAACGAUACAAAUAUCUUAAAUGAUCCAAUUUUAAUGUAUAAAACUGCGAAUAUUGUUAAGAUGAUUGCAAUGAGCAGUACCAAUACCACAACUGCCUCAAUAGAAAGAAAUAAUAAUGAAACUAUUAUGGUUAAUUUACUUGAUGAUGGAUAAUUUAACAGUAUAUAAAAGACUAUUGGGGCACUUUUAGAUUUAAGCAGUGAAAAUUCUUCAUUUAAUAUUAAUUCCAAGGAGCUCUUAACUUCAUUUGCAGUAGCUAUUGAUAGUUACGUUGGAAAUCUUAUGCCUAAUGAAAUGAUAAAUGCAAGCAUAGGUUAGAUAGCUUAUUCUGUAAUAAAAAUGAAUUAAGGAGAGCUUGCUUCUAAUGAUAUGACCAAUUUAAGCAUAAACUCUGAGAAAUCAAGCAAAUAGGUAACAGUAAUGAUCAAUGUCUCUGAUCCCAUUUUCGCCUAAUAUGAAAAUUUGAUUCUUAAAAGCAUUGUUUAUGAUAAUCAGCUUGAAACUAGCAAUACAAUUCAAAACUAGAGCAUAUCAAUAGGUAAUGCAUCAUUUACAUCAAUUAGCAGAUUAGCAAGUGAUAUUCUUGUAUUAAACGUAGAUACAUCAUCAUAAGCAGUAAGUUUAGAGGGAACAUAUGAUCUUGAGAAUGUGAAUGUUUAAAAUCUCACAACACCCAUAGAAUUUAAAAUAAAUGUGACUCAAAGCCUGAAUUCUUUUGAGAAUAUCACUGAAAGAUAUUACUAGUGUGUUUACUUUGAUGAUUCAAGCAAUGAAUGGAAGAAAUCUGAAUGUGGAGAUAAGUAGAAUGCUACAGAUUAAAACUAUAUUACUUGCUGCUCAACUCACAUGACAAAGUUUACAGUCCUUGAGACUGUAGUUCAAAAAGUAGACAAGAGGGAUGAAAACGUUGAUAAAUUAUUGUUUUAUGAGAAUGAGGAUAUGUUCAUUGGAGGAGUUGUUAUAGCUUUCAAUUCAUUCUUAAUUGUAUUUGGAGUAAUUGGCUGCACCUUAGAUUGCUAUAAGUCUUUGUUACUAUAUGCUCCUAUUGAAUCAACUGAUAAAGAAACAUAAUAAACUUAAAAAAGGCAAGCAUAGAAAACUAAAUAUGGCAGCAUCCACAAGGAGUAUCUAGGUCCAAUUGCAAUUAAUCAAGAUGAUAGUUAUAUAUAGAAUGAGAUGGGAGAAUAAACUAUGCAGCAAAUUCCUAUGAAUGUGAAAGCAAUGGAUCCAACUGUGCGUCCUCCAUUCAAUGGGCAUAUGGUUUCUGAAUAGGAAGAGCAGCCCUAAAGGAAAUAAAAAAAUAAAGAUAAUGAUUUCGACAACAUCUCUCCAAAGGCAAUCAGUUAAUAAAUUAAGAAUUAAAAUAAAAAAUAUAACAAGUAUUCAGAGAUGUAGCUUGAAGGAGGUUCAUCUGAAGAAGAUGACUAAGCUCAAGAACUUCAAAAUAGAAGAAGAGCAAGAAAAAAGCUUUCUUAAAAGAAAUAAAGUGAAAAGAAGAAGGAGUUGCAGUAACUUCCUGCUGAACCAAGUUAAGAUUAGCAUAAUAAGUUAUUUAAUGACUACGAGGUGACUGCUCAGUAUUCUGUGAAAAAGAAAUCUAAUAUGGAUUUAUAAUCUUCAGCCUCUGAUGGUGAUUACAAGAAAAAUAAAAGUAAAAUUGAUGAUGGAGAUCAGAGCAGUAGUGUAGGGAACGAUCAUGUUCAAACUAAAGGUGGAGAACUUGACGAAACAAAGGCGAGGAUAAUGGAGGGUGGUUAAUUGAUUUUGCCAAGUCAUGGCGUACUCUAGAAUGAAGAUGAUGAUGAUUCAUAAAUCACAUCAAAAUAGAAUGAUGAUGAAGAAGAUAUCCAAAAUGGUUCUGCAACAAGAGCAUUAAGAGAUAAAAAAUCAAGUAAUAACGAUAUUAAAGAUCAGAGUAGAAAUGAGAAAGAAUGCAAUCUUGAAUAACAAUUUGGAUCUUAAAACAUUGAGAUUUCUUUCAAAUCGCAAUAUUUAAUAGCUCUCUAAUGCUAUAACAGAUUAAUCGGCAUACUCUUUAGAGAGACUCCAUUUUAUCCAAGAUUUAUGAAGGUUCUAAAUUCAACUUCCUAAUUUUCCUUAAUAUUAAUGCUGACUGGACUGAUGAGCGUUGUCAAUGAAACCGAAAGGGGAGCAGCAAUUUUGAUUUCAAUUGCAAUCAUGAGAAUCGCAUAGAUACUAUUGAACAUUAUGAUUUCCAAAUCAUAUAUUUUAGGCAAGGCAAAACUCAGAAACAUUUUGGUAUGCAUUUUCUUCUUUAUAGUUCAUGUUGUUUCAUAAAUUGUGUCGAUGAGAAUAUUUAGAGAUAGAUUUGUUUAUGAAAUUGAUGAAUGGAAAGGCUCAUUUAUAGCUACCAUCAUUAUUGAACUGAUUCUAAUUGACUUUGUUAUUAAUCCGCUUGUCCUUUGCUCAAUGAUUUAAUGUUGUUGCUAGAGGGCUUGUAAAAAGUUCCUCUCCCCAUCAAUGAGUAAAAAGGAAUACAUAGCUCCUAAUUGA